AGGAGACCGGCAGGGCAAGAUGAGUGGCAGCAGGUGCCCGGUGGAUGUGAAGGCUGUAGGCUUGAUGCAAAGCAAAAAGCAGAAGAACUACAUGAUGUUUGUGUCUUGGUCAGAUCAGAACAACAUUCUCAUCUACCGGACGUUUGAAGACUUUAAGAGAUUCCAUAAAGAGCUGAAGAGAAAAUUCCCCAUCGAGAGUGGGUCCCUCAGGAGAUCUGACCGGACAAUACCCAGGUUCAAAGAUGUGAAUGUGAAGCAGAGGAUGAGUGGGAAGCUGAACAAGUACCUGGAGAUACUGAAACUGCUGGAAACUUACUCCCAGGAGCUGCUGAAAACAGAUGCUAAAAUCUCCCAGGGUGAAGAUGUGGUUCAGUUUUUCAAGGCACGGACCCAAGACCUAGACCCCUCCUUUCCUGAACACAGUGUUGUGAUCAUGCCAUCAGAAAUGGGAGGGGAGAAGAAAAGCCAGUCCCAGCAGCCACUCUCCUCCAUUACCCACCCCCAGGCCUCCCAGAGCUACCGGUGCAUUGAAACCUUCGAAACCAAAGACACAAAGAACAAGACUUUCAAAGUCACUAAGAAGGAAAUUGUGGAAGUGUUAAUCAAGGACAUGACUGGAUGGUGGCUAGUGGAAAAUGCAGACAAGCAGAUUGCCUGGUUCCCAGCCUCAUACCUGGAAGAGAUUGACGCCCACAAGGACAUCCAGAGUGUCCUGAGCUCAAAUGAGGAGGGCAGCCUGUACUUCGUGGGGCGGCCCUACGAGGCUCAGAAGGCAGAUGAGCUCUCGCUGAACCCGGGCAUGGUGGUGGAGGUGGUCAGGAGAUCUGAGGAUGGCUGGUGGCUGGUCCGGUACAAUGGCCGUACAGGCUACAUGCCCUCCAUAUGCCUCCAGCCCUACAAGAACCCUCACCACAAGCUCCAGACCAUCAUGACCUGUGGGCUCAACAUCUCCACCCCAAACCUCUGCUCCCCCCUGGCAGCUCCCCAGCCCCGGGGUGAGGCUGUGGGGCAGGACAGGGUGCAGGCUUGCUUGCCCCUUCACCGGACAGAAGAGGACAUGGGCUCUCUGAGGAGCAGAUCAAGGUCUCUGCCCAGGGCCAGCUCCACCCCAGACCUGGAGUCAGACAGCUCGUCCCUCAGCGUGGGGAGCAGCAGCGAGCGGGACAGCCGGCUGAGCUGGAAGCCGGACUUGUCGAGGUCUCUGCCUGAAGUGGAGCAGCCCAGGAGCCCUCCCCUGGGCCAUGCCUCAGCCACGCACAGCAGCAAGGCUCCAUGUCUCAGCCACAAGGACAGGAAUGACUCCGGCUUCGUGGAGUCAUCAGCAGCUGAUCUGAGUUGCUCCCUCACUGACCCAGACUUGGCUGCUUGUGUUCCCAAGGUGCCCGUGCGCCCCUCGGCCCAUGAGAUCCUCCAGAAGUGCAGCACUGUCACCAGGAGAGCAGUGCAGCAGUCCUCCCGGCCAGCCCUCCAGGCUCUGCUCCCUUCCCAGAGUGUGCACUAGUGUCCCCAGGGGGACAGGGACCCAGCCCUGGGCCAGCACCACAGCCCAGAGCCAGGUACCCCCCUUGAAGUCCCACAGGAGCCGUGGGCAGUGUCAGGGCUUGGGACCAUUGCAAGGACACAGUCAGAUCCUGAUGCAACAUGCAUGCAAACAUCACCUCCCUGGGCAAUGCCAGGAGGGGCUUUACUGGAGGUCAUGGGAGAGGAUUUAGUGCUUUAAUUUAUCAGGGGAGUCAUGGCAGCUGUGGAUCCAGCAGCUCCUGUGAAAGUUAGAGGUCACCUGGGAUUCAGUCCAUUCUCCCUCAGGCAGGUACUCAUCCUGCUGUGCAGCAUGUGGAAAUGUCACAAUCCUUCUUCUGUUAUUUCCCACCCCGGGGCUGGCAGAGCUACAGCCACCCUGGAGAACAGGAGUGACACCCAGACAGAGCAAGUGACUUGGGCGUCACCCAAGAAACCCAGAGCUACAGUUACUGCUAGGGGAUAGGGUUGUAAAUAUCACUUAUCCAACCCCCCCC